GGCCCUGUUUAAGACCCAAUCACACCAAACCCCUCCGAAAUUUCCUUAUCCCCCCUCGUCUGCUCCGCCUCCGACCUCGCGAGAGAGGAGAAAGCCCAGCACGAGCAUGGCCGGAGCAGCAGCCGCCGCCGCCGCCGUGGCGUCCGGUAUCUCGGCCCGGGUGGCCGCGCCGAGGGGGCCCUUGGCCGGGUGCCGCGCUCGGUCCGUGGUGCGGGCCGCGGUCUCCGUCGAGAGGGGCGAGAAGGCGUACACAGUGCGGAAGUCCGAGGAGAUCUUCAACGCCGCCAAGGAGUUGAUGCCUGGAGGUGUUAAUUCGCCAGUCCGUGCAUUCAAAUCUGUUGGUGGGCAGCCUAUAGUUUUUGAUUCUGUAAAGGGUUCUCAUAUGUGGGAUGUGGAUGGAAAUGAAUAUAUUGAUUAUGUUGGUUCCUGGGGUCCUGCAAUCAUCGGUCAUGCGGAUGAUAAGGUGAAUGCUGCAUUGAUUGAAACUCUGAAGAAAGGAACUAGCUUCGGUGCUCCAUGUGUGUUGGAAAAUGUGUUGGCUGAGAUGGUCAUCUCUGCUGUACCAAGUAUCGAAAUGGUCCGCUUUGUUAAUUCAGGAACAGAAGCCUGCAUGGGAGCACUCCGCCUUGUGCGUGCAUUCACUGGGCGGGAAAAGAUUAUCAAGUUCGAAGGGUGCUACCAUGGCCAUGCCGAUUCCUUCCUUGUCAAAGCUGGCAGUGGUGUUGCCACCCUUGGCCUCCCAGACUCCCCUGGAGUUCCCAAGGGAGCCACCUACGAGACCCUAACAGCACCAUACAAUGAUGUCGAGGCAGUUAAAAAAGUGUUUGAAGACAACAAAGGGGAGAUUGCUGCAGUCUUCCUUGAGCCAGUUGUUGGCAAUGCUGGCUUCAUCCCUUCACAACCUGGUUUCCUCAACGCCCUCCGUGACUUGACCAAACAAGAUGGUGCACUCCUGGUCUUUGAUGAAGUGAUGACUGGUUUCCGUUUGGCUUAUGGUGGGGCUCAAGAGUACUUUGGGAUCACCCCUGAUGUGACAACCUUGGGGAAGAUUAUCGGUGGUGGCCUCCCAGUUGGUGCUUACGGUGGGAGGAGGGACAUCAUGGAGAUGGUUGCCCCAGCUGGGCCAAUGUACCAGGCAGGAACUCUCAGUGGAAACCCUCUAGCCAUGACUGCUGGAAUUCACACGCUUGAGCGUUUGACGGAGCCUGACACCUACGAAUACUUGGACAAGAUCACCGGUGAUCUCGUUAGCGGGAUCUUGGAUGCAGGUGCUAAAACAGGCCAUGAAAUGUGCGGAGGACACAUCAGAGGAAUGUUUGGCUUUUUCUUCACAGGUGGCCCUGUUCACAACUUUGGCGACGCCAAGAAGAGCGACACCGAGAAGUUUGGGAGGUUCUACCGGGGGAUGCUUGAGGAGGGCGUGUACCUGGCGCCCUCCCAGUUCGAGGCAGGUUUCACCAGCUUGGCGCACACCCCCCAGGAUAUCGAGAAAACCGUGGAGGCUGCUGAGAAAGUUCUUAAAAGGAUAUAGGGUUCUACCACGAGCUAGAUUGCAGCCGAUCUGCUAUUUCCUUGCGUUGUACUCUCUUGGUUCUAUGCCACUGAAGUUUUGUAUUGUGCAGUAGCAGCAGUGCACCGUCUGUAGCUCUUAUUUCUGAGUUAGUGUCUGUAUUUUUGCAGUGCCAAUAAAAUUCUGGUCGACGAUUACGGUUGUUAUACUGAUGUUCA